AUGUUCGUCGACCUCAACAUUACUAAUGUCGCCGUUUCGGAAGCUAUCAGGCUGCCGACCCUGAGGGAGCUGAUCGGCUAUCCGACGACCUACGAUUUUACCGUCACGGCGCCGUCCGUGUUCUCGCACUUGCCGCGCUUCGACGUGGACAACGACAUUAGCCGGCAGACCGCCGAUGAGCUCGGCGACCUGCCGAGCGAACUCGCGUCAGAUCGCGAGGGAGAGCUCGCCGAAGAGACCGGCAACUCGUGGCUACGGCAAGCCUCGGAGAGUAAGGUGAGAUCUCGCGCUGCGGAGGACAGCGGAGACGCCGUCCUCCCCGAGGAACGAGCGGCGGUCACAAACGCUAUUGAGGAAGAUGAGAACGGACAGACCUACCUGAAGCCGACCACCAUGCGCGGCAUCCCCCUCGAGAGUCUCACCUCCAGCUCGGUGAUGCGUGGCUUUUACGUCACCAAGAGCCACGAUGACUCAUCCACGUGGACGGAAAGUCUCACAAGCACGUACAGCCCCACCGAGCAACAGGCGGAGACCACUUCGAUUCCUGACGUUUCCACGAUCGACGAGGGUGUCACCGGCGCUCGGGACGAGCCGGAGUCGAGCAACGACGGAGUCGACGACCACGCGAACGACAUCAUCAACGACGGAGACGCUCCGAAGUUCACCACCUUCGGCUCCUCGGCGAUUUCCUCGGAGGAUUCCGACAGCGCGGAGGUCACCGUGGAUUACGAAGAGGUGACCGAGACGACCGGGAGUCCCGUCGACGAAGGCGCGUUCAAGAAGGGGAAGUCGCUGCGCGAUUUCGCUCGAGGCGGCACAUCCCUUCCCAACGCCCCCGUCGUCUCCCCGACGACGCCGACGAGGCGAGCCAUCGCCGUCGCGGUCAGCAGGUACAACGAGCUCACCACUCCGCUGUGGGCCGGACGACGCAUAGUGGGCAGGAAACGCGUGAGAACCACCGUCUCGCCGAUCAGGGACGCCAUAAAGCGAACCGAGGGCGGCUUCGUUCGCGGCACGGCGAGUGUCAUCGGGACCGCUAGCUCCGUGGCUUCCACGACGCCCUCGACGAUCCCAACGACUCCCGUGACCGCGUCGGAGAGCGCGACCGGUCCUAUCGACGAGGAGACCGGGGACUCGGGGAAUCGCGCGUCGACCACGGAAGCGACGACGACGUUGACCACCGACUCGACGACCGCGGAGAGCGACCCUUCGACGGCCGACUUCGUCGAGGAUCUCGCGUCGAAGAUCACGGAUGGUCCCGAGACACCCGCGUCGGCAAGCUUCACGGACGACGCUCCCACGGUCGCACAGUCUCUGGCUGCGACCGACCCCACGAUCACGACUACUACGUUCGUCGUGGACGAAACCACCUCCGCGAACUAUCCCAGCGCCGCUGCCGUGGGUGAAACGACCGCUGUCGACGCAGCCGAGAGUACCACGGGCGAAGCUCCCGCGACUGCGAAUUACCUCGCGAUUCCAACGGAAGCGUACGAGCGCUCGGGCACCAAUGCUCCCACGACCACGGAACCCUCGGCGGUCCAGGUGACCACCGAUACGAUCGUCCUUACUGAUCCCGUAUUAACGACGUACAAACCCGCGGCCGACGUACCAGCGACUACGAGCGUGCCCGAGGUUACGAGCGACCCCGCGACUACACUUGAGACUACGAGCACCGAAGCUGAAGCCCCUUCCACGAUCGCAAAUUACCCCUGGAACACCGUCCCGACGACUGUCCAAGAGGAACCCUCGACCACGGGCAUUCCGGAGACCACUAUGGUACUGACCGAGAUCGAAAGCACGACUGCAUACGCGACGGAUCCGAUAUCCACGACUGCGUCUGUUCCGGCGACUAUUCCCGUGACCACCGACCUCCCGUACACGGUCGCAGGGUCCGCAACUCCCGCGGUUACCUCCGUGAUACCCGACACUUCGCCGGCCGAUCCUGAGACCACUUUCGCGACUUGGUCUGAAGUUCCCGCUGCAAACGCGGGCCCGACUUCGAGUUCGACUGAAGGCGCGAGCUCAACGACCGAGUCGCCUGCGAUAUCUUUCACAGCUCCGACCGACGUCGAUAGUUACGUCGAGGUAUCGACCGUCACGGAGACCGCGAAGUCCACUUAUAUCACCGAGCUACCUACGACGUUCGAAACCACCCCGACACUCGUCGCGACAACGACUGUGACCCCGAGCUUCCUCGCUACCGAUUCCGGGACGACGUUGGCCGCGACGAUUGCACCCUCCACGGAAAUCGACGAGGCUUCCGCGACACCGACGGUCAUUCCGACCUCUUCGACGUUCCUCCCGAUCGCCAACACGGUGACCGUAGCUCUCGGAGAGCCCACGGUUUUCUCGUCGGUCCCCGCGAUCUCCCACGAGUCGAUAGCGACGAAUGUGAUACCUGGAACUACCGCGAGAAGCAUCUACGAGGUGAGUUCCGCGAGAGCAACAACGAGCGAAGAGUCUAGCAGGCCGAAGGCAGUCUUCGAGGAGACCACCGUGAGACCCGCGCAAAAUCGAACGAGAGGUCGAACGAGAGCGGAACUGGCCGCGAUCGGUCAUGAAUUCGGCCAGAGGACCUCCGGGCGAACCGUCGUUCACCGUCGCGUCGUAAAGCGGCCGGUCGACGGGAACGUCGAGAUGCCUACGACGACGCAGCCGACCAGGCAGUAUCCCCGACGUCGAGUCACAGUGUAUCGCGGCCGGCCACGAAAACCGACCCACACGACGAGAGUGGCCGAGGAGAAUCGGAGAAGGAGAAUCGUACAGAAGAGACUACGAGCUGGGCCCGAGGCGACCAGCGACACUGUCAGAUCCGACGAGAACGUCGUCGACGUUCAGGAUACCACUUCAGGAGAACGUGUCGCACACGUUCGAGUGGAAGGCGCGGGCAGGAGAAAGAAGGUGAUACUGAAGAGAGUCCGAGAAAAGAGCGGGGAGAAAGGAACGAGUGUUUCUCCCGCGGUAGGAACGAUGGUGCUCGGAGAAUCGUUCAGUUUGGCGAAAGACGAGGCGCUUCGAGCUCGGGGAUGGGUAGGGAAGGUAGGAAGAAGGCGGAAAGUCGUCUUGAAAAGAAUCAAGCCUCCUCAACCUGAGGGCAACUCGGAGAGGAAAGAAGCCAGUGGCGACACCGACUCUCCUGGACACCAGCCAGGCAGAUCGGUCGAGGUGGAAAAGAUGAGAAAAAGAACGAGAGUCGUGCUGAAGAGACUCAGGCCUAAAUCCGAGGGAAGCGUCUCCGCGAGCGGAAGAACGAGAGUGAAUGCCGAUUCCAGCGAGGAGAAUCUCACGCACGCCCUUCCGACCGAUCUUCACGCCGACGAUAACCUUGCCGACGAAGGGAACGCGAGAAGAAGAAUGAGAGUAGUGUUGAAGAGCGUGAAACUUGCCUCCGAGGAGAGAAACGCGAGCGGGGAAACUCACGCGGAUCCGGACGCCACGAAGGAGACUCUCCGGGGUGACUUCUCGAGCAGCGGAUUUCGCGCCGGCAGGAAUCUCUACGGCGAAAGGACAGGCAGAAGAAUGCGAGUGGUGCUGAAGAACGUCAGACCCAAAUCCGAGAAAGAAACGGACGCAGCGGGCGAAGAGGGUGAGGAUCCCGAAUCCACCGGCGACGAUCUUCAGGGCAACUUCUCGAACAAUAUGUACGUGAGCGACGAUCUCGCGGACGAUAGGAGGAAGACGACGACGCGAUCGAAAGGCGGGGGGGAAGAGGAAACGACGACGAGCGAACAGCAGACGGAGCCGCGCGCGGAGCUGCGUACCACGGAGACGACGUCAGUCCGGGUCGAGGAGGACACUGAUCGGCCCUCACACGAGGUAAAUACCUUGAAGAACGACGCUGGUGGAUCAGUCAGUCGCCAACCGGUCAGCGGGCGCUCCAACAGGCAGAGGGCACCGACCACGACGCUCGCUCCGUUCACCAACACCCUGGCCAGCGCGUCAUCGAUCACUCACCGAAGAAGCAGACCUUUUGCAGAAACCACGUUGUCAGCGAGGAUAGAUCUUGUCGAUCCGCACGAGGUCACCGAGUCGUCGUACGCGAGAUCCUCCGGCGCCGAGGUCGAUCAGAGAGCGGACGUGUCCGAUCAGAGCAUCCGCGCCCAAGAGUUCGCGGUAACGCUGGCGGACCCGCCACACUCCUCGUCGUCGGACACUGGUCGCGUGCCGUUAAGGAACGCCGAAAGGCGCAAGAUAAGCACCACCAUAACACCUAGAACCGAACCCACUUUGGCGAGUAGGGCGGUCUCGAGGUACGACGGUGUUUCAAGGAGCCGGCAAGGGCCCAAGACGAAGGACAGGCUCACGGUGAACGCGACCACGAGGCCCAGGAAACCGCCGGUCGUUGACUACGACUAUUACGAGGACGAGGUGCCGAUCGUCGCCGGCAAGUCCCUCCUGAACGGCAAGCUCUUCCUCACGAGCAAGGGCACGAUACGCUGCCUUGAUCAAGGCAACUUCCCGCACCCGUAUUCAUGCAAGAAGUUCAUCACCUGCGCCCGUAUGGUGAACGGCCAGGUGAUCGGGACCGAGUACACCUGCCCGGCCAAGCUGUCCUUCGAUCCGGUCGGCGGCAUCUGCAACUGGUCCGCCGGUCUCGGCUGCAAGGACUAACCGAGGUUACCUUAACUACUCGACAGCCGUGUCUCUCCGCGUUUUUUCCGGCUCUCUUUAUGUCCGAUCGCGCAAUUUUCGUUUUGUCACAAACGAAACUGCACAUUGAGAAAAAGCUUUUUUUUUCAAAUUUAAUAAAUUUUAUUGCAUCCAAACGAAUUUCAUUAUUGACAUGAAACUUCCAAAGAAACUUCCAAAGAAACGAAUGUUUCAAUUAAUAAGCACGAUUGUUAGAGUUUUCAACGAAUAUUUAUCUUAUCUUAAAUAAAAAAAUUUACUUGAAACGAAAGAUAAUUUUCUU